UAAGAAUGAAAAUAAUCCUUUAUAAUAAUAAUAAUAAUGUAGAGAGAAAUUCCUGAUGAAAUGUCUGUGUUUUGUCUUAGAUGUUCAACUGGUGUGCAGUGGGUUAGCAGGUUAGUAACCACUGAGAAUGUGUUUUAGUGUUGGGUUUAUUUUUAAAUACAGGAAGAUCUAAUAGUGAUUGUUCAUUUUAACACCUGUGUAUAUCAAUAUCUCUGCUUCCUGGGCUCAGAAUACGGCAGAGAAAGAAUCAUGGGUAAAUAACUCCUCCAUGUUCAUGAACCUGAAAUAGCCUCACUAAUAAGAUAAUGAACACCCACAGGUCUGAGUCCCAUCUGCCUUUGUCUCAUCUACACUCCAUGGUUUCCAUGUCUACACACACCAUCCACUCCCACAACCCUAAAUCACCACCGCUCUCCUCGCCUGAUUCUUAUUGUGCAAAAUCGAACGAUUUAUCUGAAAUUCAUUAGCAUGAGCACCGGCUGUAAUGACUCCAGGACACUGGGAUGAGAUAUUGAUCACUGGCCUGCUCCAGUAACAUGCAUGAAAGUGCUUGACUUCAGGGGAGUGGCGAUGAGGAGGCAUCUCAAGAUGAAAACUCUGCAUACCGUACAUAAAUGUGUGAACGUGUGGCCUCAAUUUCCAGACGCCGAUGGAGCGGUCAGUGCUGAAGUGCAAUAAAUCUUCCUCGUCCUGCCGACACGCGCGCCACGGUCAGAGCAUUAAGGCGACGACGGACGCUGUGAAGCACCGGCCUGGAACUGCUGAUCUGCAGUACGUCGAAAGGCUGAACAGCCUCAGAUGAAUAGAUGGUAAUUAAUACACAUAGCACCCGGGAGACUGCAGUACAAUCUCAGGGCAAAUUACUCCAUCAAUAAAGUGGCCUGCAGACGUAAAGUGGCCACAGACAGAGAGACAGAGAUGGGGAGGAAGCACCUGAACAUAUUAAGGCACCUCUGAAAGUGAAGCGAUUAAUUUCUAGGAAAAGAGCCUAUCGUUGGUACCUCCCAAGUGAGAGGAAUAUUUAAGAAAAAACAGUGAGACAAUUUGAAAGGUUAAUCGCUUGGAGGCGACGUUAAACGGAAAGAUAAGAAGGAAGGAUGAGUAGUAGCACAAUGGAACAAGAACAGUACCGGCUGAAUACCUCUGCAUCAAAGUUCAAUUACAGCCGGCUCUGUAGCAGCGAGAUGAUGAAGUUCAUAUCCACAAUCAGGCAAGUCUAACUGGAUAUCCAUAGAUGUUUAAGAAAAUCCAAUAUCUAAAUCCAAUUACUCUACACUGAUUUUUUUUUCCAGUUCUAUCAUUUUCUCCCGAACCCCUGACUGAGCUCGCCUUGUAAUAAAGACGUUAGACUUCAGGAUAUUUGGUUGAAAUAUCAGUGUGUGACCCAGUGUGGUGCAGCUUUCAACCAGAAAAACAAGGCUCGGAUGUUUGAAUUUUCAUCAUAGCCCAACCAGACAGAUGGAGUACAGUCUCCGCCUCUACUGCCAAAGCUGGAUAAUUGGUAAAAAGCCAUUUGAAAACUCCUGGAAGUGCCAGGAGUCUACAACAUAUUACUGUCUGACAGCAGCUCCCUAAUGUCCACAGGAAAUAAUUCACACUUUCAGAAUGCAAAGUUAAAAAACAAGGAUGCACGUGUAAGGCAAAGACAGUAGACGGCAUUUUGAUUGUUUAAAAUCUGGUCACAGGCCAAGAGUGGCCUGUUCACACUCCUUAACAGUAGGUGGAGAUAACGCCACUGUGACGAGUUGACACCUGACAUUUCACAUCACAGGGGAAGACCCCAAAUCUAUUUGCAUAUGCUAAAAGAGCACACUGAACUGCAGCUACGACCCAGACUACAUGGAAUAUGAACUUUGUUAUUUAAGGAACCUUUUCCCCAAAAAAUCCCAUGAAGUACUUUUCAGAAGACAGUUUCAAGACCUGAGAAUAUCACAAGGUGUACUACUUCAGCAUGUAUCCACGUCAAGGCACACAGAGAUAUCUUAUCUCACGUUCUAACUGCAUCUUCAAAUCUCCUCAAACUGAGGCCCGGGGGCCAAAUCUGGCCCGGGAGAUCAUAUCAAAUGUGUACUAGAGCUGGCCCGCCAGUAUAUAGUUUCAAUAUAUUGGCAGAAUUUGUAGUAUUAGCAGAGUAUGUGCUGCGCUGUUAUAACACAUACAUUUUGGUUUUGUUUGUUGUUGUUGGCCUGUGAGUAGGGUAGAGCUUAAGAGUAUCCAGUUAACCUCAGAAGUACUGCAAAUCUGAGUAGUCCUGAAAACCAACAUGCACAGCAGAAAUGUUACCUCCACUACUAAAGGCCAUCUUUUCAAAGCUGAAUGUGAACCAGCAACCAUUUUGAUAUUUUCAUGACCACCUCAGCACUCCUGGUCAGGGUCUCUUGUUCCGUUCAGAGACAGGCUUCUCUGAGCCUACACUUCCUGCGAUGGAAAUGUGAAGGGCUGAUUAUCAAAUUGCUGGAACAUGAUCUGCCUGAAGCCAUGGUCCAGAUUAAAGGGGGUUCUCCCCAGUGAACUUGACAGAACUUGUGCUCACCAUCCGAUCAGCUACACGCUGCGGUGUCUAACAGAUCAAAGGUGGAGAGCGCUGCCUGAAGAGCAGCAGCACAGAAACACACAGAGUCCCACAGUGACUCCCAGAGAAAGUGAAGGCUUUGGUUGAAGAUUAAACGUGAACAGCACACGGGGCUGAGACGUACGAGGGAAUCCUUGAGGAGCCAGUGUCAUUACUCUUCAAAUGCGGGUUUUACUCUCUGAGUGCAUCAGUGGAUGCAGUGGAUGUUUAUUUCACAGACAGAUAUCUGUGCUGGAAGGCAGGAAGCUCCUCCGAGGCUGUCUGAAAAAUGAGCACUUUUUUUUUUUGGUGCUGUUCCACUUAUUUACUCUGAGACUGGCAGUUUGUUUUGUCUAUAACAACCUCAGUAAUUUCAUGUAUUCAUUUUUAAUGGCACAGUGCAACAGAAUUAAUAAAGUAUAAAGUGCCAGAAUAAAUUGAAAUCAGAGCAAAACUGUGUGGUAUUAAAAAGCCAUUAAAAUUCACUUCUUAUUAUACACAGUAUAAAAUAUGCAAUAUAAAGUCUCUCACUUGGUGGAAGUCACCGUGUCCUCAGAGUACAGUUCCCAUUAUAUGAGGGCAAAAGGGGACAAAAGCCCUCGCUGAGCUUGAAAACUCCUGUGUCUGAAUUUGGAACACAGAUAUCCGGAAGCAGUGUUUGCUCACUUAUUGGACACAGUGGGUCCGCACGGGCCCCGUGUUGACCUUCAAACAUUCUUAAAGACUUUGGCUCCACAGUAAAAGGGUUUCUUUUUGACACAAGAAAGUAGAACACCUUCAAAAUGGAUGUUCAUCUUCUGAAACAUUUAUGACAGAUAAUGACGGCAAAGGACAGCGAUGACGAGCGUGAAGAUCCUGAAUGGAGGUGAAGGGACGAGACACUUUUCUUCCUUUUUUCCAUCCUUUUUUUUCUUAAUUACUUUCUUACAGCAGUCGGUGUGUUCCUAUGUCUUUGAGAGAAGAUCCAUUGGUAAACAAACUGACUGAGAGGAAGUCUGCACUGAGCCAAGAAGAAACAGACGGUGUCACACCAAGACACUUAGAUGGUUGGCUGAGACCUUGGAACAGGAAGGAAUGAAGACGGAUGUAAUCCACUCCGACCAGUUUUAGCCACACACUCCACAAAAAGUCAAAGACGCCAACCUUUAACACAACGACUGAUUGUCCUGGGAAUACUCUAAAGAUGAUGAAAACAGAAUAGUUAGUUAAUUGAGUCAAGGUAGAAUAGACAAUAAAUCUUAAAAAAAUAAUUUCACAAUUUUAACACUGUUUACAAGGAGAGAUUAUGGCUGUUAAAUUAUGAAAUAGCUGGUUUAUGUCACUAACGAAUGCUAAUAGUGUUUUUGUUGUUGUUGUUGUAACUUUGUUGUUAUAAAGCUCCUAGUAAAGCUCUUACACUUUGACUGAUGAGAUGUUACAGCAGGUUGUUUUUAUAAACUUCAGCUGUUCUAUUUUUACAGGAUGAGGAGUGCUUUUUGAUGAAGGUUUCAUUAUUAAGUUAGUUUCGUUGCACACACAUUCUUAUAUAAUUAAAUUACGGAAGCUACUAAUAAAUCCUAAUGUUGUUUGGCUAAUAAAGUUGUUUUCGUGUAUAAAAGCACCUCUCUGUUUGAGGAAUUAGAAAGCGGAGAAUGUUUCAUGAAUAAGCGCUUGAAGAAUUUUAGGACUUUAAAAGUGUUGACUAUAAAGUAUCGAAGAAACAAACGGCUGUGCCAUCAGUUUUUUAAUGUGACGUCAAAAAGGAAUAUAUGAUGUACCAUAACCAGCACCAUGCUGCCUUCUAGUCAGCGUUCUUGCAGAGUAAAGGAGUUUAUUAAUGCAGGGUUAUAAAGAGUUGUGUGACUCAGCUGGAAUUAGGGGCAGAAUCAAAGCAAAGUUUGUGAGUCAUCAACAUUAAAGUUUCCUGCCCACAUAAAGGCCGCCUCCAUCCAUCCAGCAUCCAGCCUGACAGCAGCCAGUCAUCACACAUAACACACAGCAUCACUUUCCCUGCCUGCCUCAGUCAGUGAAGGCUGUACUGUAGAUAUUGAGGAAAUGUGCUCUGAGCCACUAUAUUUUAAAUGAAGGAUCGUGACCUCAAAGUGGGACACAGACUGAAUGAAACAAAUGAAAGCAGGUUUCUUUAGCCCUUCAGCGAGUAAUUUUCCUCUAACACUGUCUGGACCUGAGUGGCUUAGUCUUUGUUAAAAAUGGGCUCACCUCUGGUUUUUGUCUGAAAUAGAUGUUAAAUUAGCAUAAAAGGUUUUUGGUUUUUAUUCAAAGCCACAUUGCCUGUCUUUUGGAAAUUUGGAUGGUAAAUUAUCAGACCAUGUAUGGGUCCAACAGAACCAGGGCUCAGGACCCAAAUGUAAUGUAUGUAACCGAUGAAAUGUUGUGUAUGUUGAAGGUACCAGGCUGAAGGAGUCCAUUUAAUGGUCAUCUCAUAAUAUUAAAUGUGUCAUUACGUCAUUUCAAUCUGAUUAUCAGUGUGACAGCCCACGCAUGGAGCUCCUAUAUGGAACUAAUAAUGCUCCAGUUUGAAGUUAAGGCGCGCCCUCUGCUGGUUAACUGCAACACAUACCGUAUAUUCAGAAAAAUAUAAGUAGAAAAGUAACAGCAUUUAAAGGAUAAACAAUGUAUAUAUUAAAUGUUUGACUCUUGGAUGUUGUUGGUUGUUUUUACUUAAUUUAUAUAUAUUGAAAACUUAAAUAUGAUUUGUGCCACCAUUGUGUAUCAGAACCCCUAUGCUGCUCCCUCUGUGCCUAAAAAGGAAAAUUAUUUUUCCAACCAGGUCUGCAGUUUAUCACAUCUUAAUCCAACCUGCCAUCCAGUGUGAUGUGACAGCUGUUAGCUCAGUAGUAAUGUCAGCUCUGACUCAGUCAACACCACUGACUGACAUGUGCUGCUUUUUGUUUUUUCACUCUCCAGCACCUGUGCUUGGCAGUCAGACAGUUGAGAGCAUGACUCUGCUGCCAUCACAGCAGAGGAACAACAGACUCUGUGACAAAGGAUCCCUGAAGCCGCCUUGGGGAACCUCAAUGUUCAAGCAGGUAGGUCAACAUUCAUAUAAGGGUCAAAAGGUUUCGUUUCAGUUCAGUGGGUCGUAGCCAUAAGCAGGUUAGCAUCACAGAAAUGAUGUCAUCAUUUUUGUGUAUUUGAAUGCAGUGUUUGUAUUCUUCUCUCACUAGUGACAUUGCUUCAUCUAUUUAUAGCAGCUUAAAGCCAGUGUUCGUUUAGAAAUGUCAAACAACACGAGGGCCUCCCUGCAUUAAUCUGUAAAUGAAGUUCAAGAAGCUGCCGCAGAUUUAUCUAAUCACUUGAGAAAUGCUUGAAUAGUAUGUGACUCAGUGUUUUCUCUGGUAUAAAUCAGAGGUUUUCUUAAAGGGGUGCAAUGUCAGUUUUAACAACAUAUGGUGAAAACUCCUGUCUUAACUAUUGCUGACAUUCAUUCAUUCAUCCUCUGCUGCUUACUCCUUUUCAAGAUUAAAAUAAUAUUAUAUUAUCAGUUACCAGAACUGGUCAUGUUCUUGUACCUUCUGCUGUAAGGCAACUACACUAACCACUCUAUUACCAUGUGCCUUACCAUCCAUAUGUGGGAAAACAUGGUAUCCAUAAAUUAUUACUAAAUCCAAAGUAUUUCGUUUCUUGUUUAGUUUGAUUUAUGUGAACAAGAUCCAAACUUGAUUUAAAUAAAUCAAGGACUAUUUCAGCAAAAUACAGCAAUACACAGUGCCUCCAUGUCGUGCUGUGACUCCUGCUGGUGGUAAUCAAAUCAUUUAUGACCAUGACCCAGUAAAUUUAGCCAAGUGAACCACUUUUGGGUCUCGAUCCACCACUUACAAAACACAAACAAUGCCGACAGCACUGUAUAAAUCUUUGAAGUAGACAUCAAAUAUUUCACAUCAAAAGACUUAACCGCAGCUGUGCCCAACUUUGCUUAAUCAUCUUAAAACUGCCUUCUCUCCCUGUUUAUUGUCUCAAAUUCUCCCAGGAAAAGGAUGGAAGACAGCUAUGAGACAUUUGAGGAGGAGUUGGGGCCACGGAGGACAGAUCCUCCUCAUCUACUCAAGCCUCUUCGACAGAUUCGCAGACCAGAAAUGUAUGCCACACGAAAAUUCCGAGAGGAACUGGCUCCAGCUGCACAUCAAAUAAGAGCAGAGACAAAGAGUUUUACCAGGAACCCAGAACAGAGCCUCCCCAAAAUGACAUCUUUGCAUAAACCCUCAUCAACCCAAAACCUGACCCAGGUUGAAGUACCGUGGGAAAAUGUCACCCUGAACCGAUGUCUAUUUGUGGCCAUCACGUUACUCGUGAUCACCUCAGGUUUUCAGAGGCUUCACGAAACACUGCGUGGCCGUGUGACGGUUGAGGAGCGGGAAGAAAUGGAGCUGAUGCUGAGAAAAACAAGCUCAAUACGACACAGAGGAGCUCCUGAGCCAGAGACAUCUCUGUGGGAAGUCAUGUUUUGGUGGCUGCCUGAUCUUAAUGAUGAGGACGAGGGCAAGACACGCAAAUCAAAGAAAAGAGCAACAGGACGUAGGUCCAGCGGCCUUCGAAACAAGCCACUGCUAGACAAAGAACUCUUAAAGGAACGGGAUGAGAAAUUCAAGGACAGAAGGGAAAGGAAGGGCACAGGUGAAGAAAACAAAGACAAGAAAGAAAGAGAAAAUAACCAAGACAUCAAAAAAGGAGAUGGUGAAAGAGUUGAAGAUGAAUGCAAUGGGAAAAUUGGUCAGAAAAAGAAGAAAAUUGUGGAGGAAAACAAAGAGACUUAGGAUUUUCUAAAACACUGGAGAAUAAUCUCACUCUAAUUUUUAGACAGCGAUUUCACUUAUAUAAAAAAAUACAUUAAGAAAAACAAAUGUUUUCAUGUUAUUAAGCUUGUGAUACACAACAUCUGCCCUCAGCGCUUAGCAUUUGUGAUAAUUGUUCCACCAACCAAAGAUCUGUCAAUAAAUUGUAUGUGUACAACUAAAACCCACAAAGUCAAGAUGCAAAUGGGUUUUUUCCACAGAAUUUAAUUACAAAAGACUCCUAAAAGAUCAGAAUACCAACAUGAAUAACAACAGUGUGGAGUCCAUGUUUGCAGUUUACAGUUUGCCUCGGACAAUUUUUUAAACCAGAUGUACAAAAUUCUUCCUGUGCAUUUUGAAUGACGACCAGAGGAGACAAUAAAUCAAAUGUGAAAGCAAAAUAUAAAAAAUACAACGGACGAGUUUGGGUCUAAACUGUUAGAGAAAGCAAUCAU